AUGAAUGCGGACUGCUUUGAGAACUGCUUAACGCAGCAAACCACCGCGAAGAAAAAGUAUCGUGAUCGAGGAAUGAUGUGGUCGCACGGCCCAGGCUCUUCGUGUGUGUCUGCACUCUGUACAUCCCUCACGCGUGUACAUGUCAGAAGACAACGCAGCUUGGACGACUCAAGAGAUGUCGAGCAAAGCAUGUUCUAG